AUGAAUAGCUUCCAGGGCGACUGCAGCUUCUUCGCCAAAUCCCCAGUCACGGGCCGCUUCGAUGAGAAAAAAUGCACGCAGUGGGUUUUCGACAAUUCGACCUUCACGUCUUCUGUUACUUCGGAGAUAGAUAGCAUCCAAUGUUUCGGGGUACUUGUCGGCGCGCCACUGAACGGCCUCUUAGCUGACAAGUACGGCCGACGUCCUACCGUGGCCAUAGGAUCUCUUCUGUACUCCAUCAUCGCCAUCGGCUCGUGCUGGCUUCCCACGCUGUCCAUCCUCAUGAUCGCGCGUUUCCUGCUGGGCACGAUGCACCCCACCAUCAUGAAGACGGGUUAUAUCCUCGCCAUGGAGGUCACAGAGCCUCGCCUGAGAUCGGUCAUGGGCAUCAUGCUCUUCCUGCCGUGGGCCGUGGGCACAGUGGCCUGGGGCGGCUUCGCAUACCUGGUGAGGGACUGGCGUUGGCUGCAGCUCACCGUGUCCCUGCUCGCUCUCAUCUUCCUGCCGGCGCUCCUGUUCAUGGAUGAGUCCCCGAGGUGGCUGGUGGUGCGAGGCUACCACGGCCUCGCCCUCAGGACGCUGCAGAAGGCGGCCAGAUGGAACAAGGCCUCGCUCCCACCGGCUCACAGGAUCCUGCAGAUUCUCAAGGACGGGCAGCAUGAGGUACACCCACAGAAGAGGCAUAACCCGGAUGAUACUUGUAGUUUCAAUGGGCUGAUAAGGAUGUACGUGGAGAGUGCUUUCAUUCUGUUCAGAACUCCCCGCCUUCGCAUCAUCACUCUGUGCAUGUACAUCGACUACCUCAUCGUCGGGAUGGUGUACUAUGGACUCUCUCUCGGCGGAGGCAACUUCAGCAGCGACCCGUUCAUCUAUAUGGUGUUAAUGGGCGUGAUGGAGGUGCCUGCGUAUACUGUGAUGGUGCCUGUGGUGACGAGCUUCGGCAGACGAGCCCCCACGGUCUUCUUCUUCCUGUUUAGUGGGGCUGUUUUGCUCUGUUUGCCUUUCAUUCCUUUGGGAUGCGGCUGGCUCGCGGUCACGUUAGCGAUGAUCGGGAAAAUGAUGAUCACGUCUGCCUUCCAAAUCAUCGCACUUUAUUGCUCCGAACUUUUCCCGACGGAGGUGAGGACCCGCGGCGCCAGUACAGCCUUCAUGAUGUCUCGUCUCGGCUCCACCUGCUCGCCCUUCAUCACCGAAUACCUUGGCGCGGCGUACCCAUGGGCGCCCUCAGUGGUGUUCGGAGUAUCGUCCAUCGUCGCGGGUCUGGCAACACUGGCACUGCCCGAGACGUUGGGCGUGGCACUGCCUGACACCAUCGCCCACCUGGAGGAGAGGGCAGCGCUGGGCACGAAGAGAAUGUUCCUCCGGAUGCUCACGCGCGAGUACAACUCUGGCCUCCGCUUCAGUCCCGCCCUCACUCGCCCUCCUCGACUGACUCUCAGGGAAACGUCCUCCAUCAUGAUCCAAGAGCGGCAGGAGGAGCAUCCACAGCCGGAGCAGGAGGACGAAGCUCGGGAGGAGGAGCAGCAAGAGCAGGGUUCACUCAGGCACACGAAGCUGACGAAAGACGAGGCCUCUGAAGCUCCACGAGGCGAGUUCACUGAACCACCGACGCGCCAUGAAACAGAGAAGCCGGGCAUUCGGCCGUGUAUCGAACCGUCGAGAUUCAUGUGGCUCGAACCCAUGGCUUCGACCAGUACGAGGAGUGGAGUGUUCAGUGGGAAAUGAAAACGUAAAAUGAUGUUUUUUUUUUUUUUUU